CCUUAUCUGCUUGUCCUGCACAGUUCCUCAAGCCUCCGUUGUUGUCUGUACACCGUCCCCGAACAGUACAAAUCGGCAAGAUCAAGAUGGGUAUCGACCUCAAGAAACACCACGUCAAGAAGGCCCAGCGGACGGCCCCCAAAAGCGAGGAUCCUUACCUCCUUUUGCUCGUCAAACUCUACAGAUUUUUGGCCCGCCGUACAGACUCGGAUUUCAACAAGGCUAUCCUCCACCGCCUCUUCCUCUCCAAAAUCAACCGUCCUCCCCUCUCUUUGUCAAGAAUUGUUAAAGAAACCACUGCCACUCCUGAUCGUGACUCAAAAGUUAUCGUGGUCGUUGGCACUGUGACCGAUGACGUUCGUCUCGUCGAAAUACCCAAACUUUCAGUUGCUGCUCUACGCUUCACGCGCGCAGCAAAGGAGCGCAUUCUCAAUGCUGGUGGUGAGGCAUUGACGCUGGAUCAGCUCGCACUUCGCGCACCAACAGGGUCCAACACUGUGUUGCUCCGGGGAAAGAGGAACACUCGCGAGGCUGUCAAGCACUUUGGCAUGGGUCCCCACAAGAACAAGAAGCCUUACACCAUCUCCAAGGGUCGCAAAUUCGAGCGGGCCCGUGGUCGCCGAAAGUCUCGUGGCUUCAAAGUAUAAGAAGCUCACAAAAUAUUCAUUGGUGGCAGCAUGGAAGGCGUUGCAAUCUCUGUGUGGUCACAUAUGCAUUAUGGGUAUACUACAAACCAUCAUUUCUCCAUCUUUUGAGCCCUGUAUGCCCCCCCCCCCCACCUAUGCAUUGCUUAUGUUCGAGCGCGCGUCUCUACUGGGAAUGCCCUACUUGAGAAAUGCUAUAUUUAGGGCUGAAAUAUGAUCUAGAAGUUCGAGACGGUAUGCAAAGUC